GUCUGCCUUCUGUUCCAGAUCAACACUAAUGGAUUUGUGGCCUUCGCCGAGCCUCCGGCGGAGGUUCAGUACCUGGGGAAGAUGCCCUCCAGUUUCAAUAUGAUUGCAGCCCUGCUGGGAGACCUGGACAACAGCGAUGGAAAGGGGAGGGUUUACUUCAGGGAGGACAGCAGCCCCGAUGUACUGAGUCGCUCCGCCGAGCACAUCAAGCGAGCUUUCCCCAGAGACGACGGAGUGGAGCCCACCAGCGCCCUCGUCGUCACCUGGGAGAACAUGGUCGCCCAGGGGACCUUUGCACGGGGAGACGAACUGGACACUGAGAGAAACACGUUCCAGCUGGUCGUGGCCUCCAUGGAGUCGUCCUCCUGCGCCAUCCUCCUCUACCCCAUAGGUGGCCUGCAGUUCCUCUCCACGUCAGUCGGGGGCAAGACUAAGCUCCUGGAGGCCGGCUUCAAUGAAGGCCUCGUAAAGAGCUGGUGGUCGUGGAGCGCCAGUCAGGGGGCGUACUUCCGCACCACCACCGAUGACGAGACGUCCAUCAGGGACCUUACUGAGAAGACAACCUCAGGACAGGCUGGAGUUUGGGUGUACGAGAUCGGCUCCUCGCCAUUCUUUGCCUCCAUUACACCGGGAAUGGCCUCUAGCCUUUCUGAUGAGGAGAGUACAACUGUACCUCCUGUGACCCUGUUGCCAAGGCAACCCGACGAGCAAACAACGAGGGACUUCUCAACCCACGAACCCCAGGCGGUACCCAAAGAGAAGGAGGAGUUCCCGACGCCGGCUCCUGAAGAGAACCAACCCAGCUACCCAGACGCUGUGACCGCCACGCCGGGGGAAGCCAAACCGGUAGUUGAAGAACCGGACAAUGAAGAAGAAUACCCCGAAUCUGAGACUGUCUCAUCGACAUACACCAACCCCGAGAGGGCUCAACCAAGGUACCUGGACCCAUCUGAGCCCAGAUACCCCGUCUCUGAGCCGCUGCAACCGAGAUACACCAUCCCUGAAACCCCUGAGCCCAGACACCCUCCCAAUCAGCCGAGGUACCCUGAUCCACGCUACGCUAACCCUGAACCAGUCCAACCAAUGCCACCCUAUUCCCGGCCCCACCAACCCCAGAUCGUUGUGGUAGAUGAAGACGAAAACCUCGAUGUGAACGUAUUCAGGUACAAUUUGGAGACGUGUGCCCACAACAGCCACAAGUGCUCGGCUUUCGCUGACUGCCGGGAUUACAGCGAUGGGUACUGCUGCCAUUGUAGGCCUGGUUUCUAUGGCAACGGGAAGGACUGCGUCGCAGAUGGAAAACCACAGAGAAUGAGCGGGGAGGUGAACGGCCGAGUGUUUGUCGGGAACUCGACUUUCCCCGUAGAGCUCGGUAACAACGACUUGCACUCGUACGUGGUAGCCAAUGACGGACGGGCUUACGUGGCCAUUAGCAACAUCCCCAAGAGCCUGGGUCCCUCCCUGCAGCCGCUGUCCUCCCUGGGAGGAGUCAUCGGCUGGGCUUUCGCCCUGGAGCAGCCCGGCUACCAGAACGGCUUCAGUGUCACUGGUGGCGUGUUUUCCCGUCAGGCCGAGGUGAUCUUCCAGCCCGGCAACGAGCGUCUGAGCAUCAAGCAGCGGUUUGAAGGAAUCGAUGAGCACGACCACCUGGUGGUUCGCACCGACCUGGAGGGACGUCUGCCCGCCAUCCUGCAGGGCUCUUCGGUGCAGAUCAACCCGUACAAGGAGAUCUACCAGUACGACAGGAACUUCAUCACUUCUUCCUCCAACCGCGACUACACUGUCACUUCCCCUGACGGCACCGUCCAGACCAGAAGCUACCAAUGGCGCCAGACUGUCACCUUCCAGAGCUGCCCACACGACGAGGCCACCAGGCCGGCGCCGUCCACCCAGCAGCUCAGCGUGGACCAGAUCUUUGUGAUGUUCGAUGCUGACAACAACCUGGUCCGCUACGCCAUGAGCAACAGGAUCGGCUCGGUCCACAGCAGCGUCCCGGAGCAGAAUCCAUGUUUCACCGGCAGACACGGCUGCGACAUCAACGCUGCGUGCAGACCGGGCGAAGGCCUCCAGUUCACCUGCAAAUGUACGAAUGGUUUCGCUGGGGACGGACGCUAUUGCCACGAUAUCGACGAGUGCAGGGAGACUCCUCAGGUCUGUGGGUCCAAUGCCGUCUGCAGCAAUCAGCCUGGGACUUUCCGCUGCGAGUGCGUGAGAGGCUUCGUGUUCGCCAGCGACGGAAAGACCUGCAUCGACGUAGACGAGUGUCAGCAGGAACGAUGCCACCGCGACGCCAUGUGCUCCAACACACAGGGCUCGUACACCUGCCAGUGCCAGCCUGGUUUCCACGGCGACGGCUUUCGAUGCAGCCCUACGUCCUCAGAGCGAGAGAAGACGCAGUGCGAGCGCCACAGAGAGAGCGCCCAGACCGCCACCGCCACCUCCGGCUCGGGCUUCUUCUCUUUCUUCCGCCCUCGGCCGGCCGUCAGUCAGUACGUCCCUCAGUGCAACGAACACGGAGCCUACGAGCCCACGCAGUGCCACACCAGCAUCGGACAGUGCUGGUGUGUGGACGCCAACGGCCAGGAGAUCCCCAACACCCGCACCGGCCCCGGCAGCACCCCCCUGUGUAUCGACCAGGUGGUGACUCCUCCUCCGGUGGGUCCGACACCGCGGCCCGACGUCCACCCCGUCGCUCCGGGAACACACCUGCUGUUCGCUCAGAGCGGGAAGAUCGAACACGUUCCUCUGGACGGGUACAAGAUGAAAAUGGAGGAGGCCAAACCUCUGCUGCACAUCCCCGACCGGGUGGUGAUCGCCGUGGCCUACGACUGCGUGGAGAAGAUGGUUUACUGGACCGACAUCACCGGGCCGGCUAUCAGCAGGGCCGGGAUGAGCGGAGGAGACAUCAGCCCGGUCAUCACUACAGAUCUCCAGAGUCCUGAAGGCAUCGCCAUCGACCACGUGGCUCGUCUCCUCUUCUGGACCGACUCCAUGCGCGACACCGUUGAGGUUUCCAAGCUGGAUGGCAGCCAGCGGCGAGUCCUGUUCGACACCGACCUCAUCAACCCCCGACCCAUCGUCACCAACCCGGCGUAUGGGCGGCUGUACUGGGCCGACUGGAAUAGAGACGGGCCUAAAAUCGAGAUGUCCAACAUGGAUGGGACGGAUCGGGUCGUCCUGGUGAAAGACGACCUGGGACUUCCCAACGGUCUGACCUUCGACCUGGACAACCAGCAGCUGUGUUGGGCCGACGCAGGUACUCGUAAGGUGGAGUGUAUGGAUCCUCACCGCAGGCUGAGGAGGAAGAUCGUUGAAGGGAUCCAGUAUCCGUUCUCUCUGGUCUCCUUUGGGAGGAACCUUUACUACACCGACUGGAGGAGGGAGGCGGUGGUCGCUGUGGACCGUCAGUCGGAGAAAGAGACGGAAGAGUUCCUGCCGCAGAAACGCUCCCGGCUGUACGGCAUCACCACGACACCCACACAGUGUCCUCAAGCCUAUAACUACUGCGCCAACAACGGCGGCUGCUCUCACCUGUGUCUGCCGCGGCUCGGCGGAUUCACCUGCCGCUGCCCGGACGCCGCCGCUGGCGCCCCCUGCGAGGAGAGGAACCUGUGAGUUCUGCAGGGCGACGACGCGAGCUGCUGCUGCAGCGGGAAACCAAAACACACUUAACUGAAUUUUGGUGUUUUCUACUUUUCUUACUUGAACUGAACAUUUUCUACGAUCAUUCUCGAGUUCUCCGUGUUUUUAAAGGCGGUUCAGACCUCGCUGUAUUUAUGAUGUCAUGCUGCAGGUCGCUCAGAUAACGGGUCUGAUGUGAGGAGGUUCGUUCCAACGUGAGAAAGAAGUGACAGUUAAUCUAACAUACAGGGAUUUUAUAAAGACGGCAGGUAACCUAAACCCACUCACCAGAUUAUAUGAAAAUGUUUUUAUUGUAUUUUAAAAGUGAAACUCUGUAGUUGUUCCUUAUUGAUUUCUUAUAGGUGUGGUCGGAAAGAUAACUGCGAAAAACAAUCAGAUUUAACCCGAGCAAUCCAAAAACUGGAGGGAAGAGUUCCCACGGGCCUCGAAAUGUUUGACAUUAAAAAAGCUUCUUAAAGGUUUCUAAAAACAUUUAUCAAGUUAUUCCUGUGAAGUAUAAAUCAGACUGUAUUUCAUAUUUAAUCAGAUCUGAAUAUUAGUGACACACUGAGCAGU